AUGGCUUCUCGCCGCGCAACCGUAAAACUCAUCUCUUUGAACCCAGCUCUGUCUGCCUCAUUUCGACCUCUAGCAUCAGUCUCUUUCCUUCCAAAGUUUUGUGCGCCCCGCAAGAUGAGCACAGAGGCCAAUCCCAGGAAGUUUGAAUGGCUUGUCGUCAUCCCCGACCUCCCGGGCGUGUUGGAUCAGAGGCUUGCCGUUCGCCCGAAACAUUUUGAAGGCAUGAAGCCUUUUGUUGAAUCCGGCCAAUGGAAGAUGGGUGGGGCUCUUCUCGAUGAGGUUCCCAAAGACGAUGAUCCGGCUAGUCUGAAAAUGAGUGGCAGUACGCUGGUGGCCGUUGCUUCGUCCAGAGAAGAGAUAAUGGAAGUGCUAAAGGCCGACCCUUACGCCAAGGAAGGUGUCUGGGACUUGGAAAAAGUGCAGAUGUGGCCAUUCAAGUGUGCUUUCCGGAACCCGUGA